AUGCCGCGCACGCUCAAAAGGCGUGCAGAGGUCAUCUCACGCGAUGAGGAUUCGGAUCCCGAGGACGUUUUACCAGAAAGACCACCACCUCGCCCAACACAGGCACAAUCCCAGAGACAUAGACCACGAUCUACACCUGCAUCUAAUGUAUCGGGAUCUGACGUCGAGCAUGCAAACAUCUCAGACAACGAAGGUGGCGACAGCCAGACACUAGCGGGUAACAUGAUCAAGAAACUUGUACGUUUGGCUCUAGCAUCAGAGUACGCUCGACAACCUCUUCGACGAGCAGAUAUCAAUGCCAAAAUCCUCAAGAGUGAUGGUGGAAGUGCAAGUAUCCGGGGAAACUUUCGCCUUGUGUUCAACGGAGCACAAAAGACCCUACGCAAUGUGUUCGGAAUGGAGCUCGUCGAUUUACCAACUCGUGAGCGUACAGGUCUGAAUGACCGCAGAAAAGCUGUAAGUCAAAAGGCCACACAAACUGCAACACAGAAGUCAAAGGCACAAAAAGAGCUCGACGGCGACGAUGUUGAUACGCAGGGUCGGUCUAGGCCGAAAGAUUCUAUCUUGAGUGCCACGAGCUGGAUGCUCGUGUCCAGGUUACCGACAGCAUACAAAUCUAGGCAAGAGCUUCUGAUACCCAGUCGAGCACCAGACUCAAAUACCGAGGCUGUUUAUACUGCACUGUGCACUAUGAUUGUCACGAUACUCUACAUACAUACACCAUCCGGCUCGUCAGAUAAGGACUCUCAGGCUCAAGCGCUGGAAGAUGUCACUGAACCUAUCUCUGAUACUAGACUUCUCCGCUUCCUAUCACGUCUUGGCCUUCGAGAAUGGGCUCCUAUGGGAAAUGAAAAUGGGGAGAACAUUGACAAAGUACUGGCAAGAAUGAUGCGCGAAGGCUACAUCGACAAGCGAAGAGACAAUUCUACAGGCGAAGAGAUAGUGGAGUGGGUUGUGGGGCCUAGAGGUAAACGUGAGAUCGGUCGCAAGGGCGUGGCUGCUUUCGUACGCGGCGUUUAUGGAUUCGGCAUCGAUGGCACAGGCCAAGGCUUGGAACUGCCACCUCAGCCUGGAGAAGAAGAGGAUGGAGAAGCUCAGGGGACGCAAAGACAACGACCUGUGAAAAUGGAGCGCGACGAACUCGAAAGAAGGCUAACAAGGACUUUGGGAACUGCUGUUGCCACCAAUAACGAAGAUCACCAAGCGAAUGGUGUCCUUGGCAGCAACGAGCUACCAGAAAGACCCGAAUCCAGCCGAACGAGGGAAAAUCAGGCUGUGGACAGCACAAGGUCUACAAGACGUUCCACCCGGAGGAGAGGUAACGACAACGAAGUUGAUGACGAUGACGCCAAUGCCCGAUAG